AUGCACAGCCAGGCAGAAAGAAGACGAAGAAGACUACCGGAGGAGCUCAAUAUAAAACUGAAGUCCUUACAAAAGAAACUUAAAAACAAUGAAAAAAUUAAAGGACAAUUAGUGAAAAAAGUUCUACAAAACAAGUCUCAAGCUGAGCACACUGAGCGUCAGAUUAAACAGCAGUUUGAGAAGCUUCAUCAGUUUCUCAGAGAUGAAGAAGAAGCUACAAUCACUGCACUGAGGGAGGAAGAGGAGCAGAAGAAGCAGAUGAUGAAGGAGAAGCUGGAGGAGAUCAACAGACACAUCUCAGCUCUUUCACACACAAUCAAAGAUAUGGAGGAGAUGAUGAAAGACAAUGACGUCUGCUUUCUAAAGAAGUUUCCAGUCUCAAUGGAAAGAGUCCAGAUCUCAUCACAGCCGGAUCCACAGACGCCUUCUGGAGCUUUGAUUCAUGUGCCACGUUACUUGGGCAACCUGCCCUUCAGAGUCUGGAAGAAGAUGCAGGACAUUGUCCAAAACAGUGAGUCUUGAGAAGACCUGUGCUCUUACAUUUACAGUUUAUCAUGACAUUAAUGUACUAUAUUAUUUCAUUUGGUAGUAAGUUCUGGUAUAUAAUUAAUUAUUUUUUUCUCAUUUCUUAAUCUAUCCAACAAAACAGACUCAACAGUGUAAAAGUGAAAAUAUACUUGAGACUCCAUUUGUGAUUCUUCCAGGGCUGGCGCUACAUAUAGGCAGAGUAGGCAAUUGCCAAGGGCAAUUUGAGGUGGAGCCUCCAUAACUGUAACAUCCUCUAUAUCAGUGGUAUCAAACUCAAUUCCUGGAGGGUCACAGAUCUGCACAGUUUAGCUCCAACCCUAAUCAAACAAACCCAAUCCAGCUAAUCAAGGUCUUCAGGAUUAUUAGAAACUUCCAAGCAGGUGUGAGUUGGAGCUGGUUGGAGCUAAACUUCAGGUGCUGUGCAGAAAAAGGCUAAAUAGGCAUGCAAAGAAGUACCGCUUCUAAUGCAGAUGUUGAGUUGUCAUCAUCUGUUUUGGAGUGAUUGCAAUGUAUUCUAAAUAUAAAAUUGUUCUGUCUAUCAGCGUCAUUUCUGGACAGACUAUUCACCAGUUUAUUAUGAGUUUAAAAAAGUGAGAGCGGAGUGGAGAGAGGGCAUUUCCCCCUCGGUAGAAAUCGUGUUCUGCCCCUCGCGGGAGCCACCCCUCCAUCAUCGGGCCCUUGGAAUCAUCCUAACCUUGCCCCCUUACAGCACCCCUGAAUAAUAUGACAAUAUCUGUAGUCAAUAUUGAUUAAAUUGGAGGGGGGGAUUUUGCCCACAACCAGCAAGGGGAAAAAAUGAUAAAAGCACCAAUGUUCAUUUUCUGAAGUGGUAUUCAGGAACCGUGAAUAAAUUACUGAACAAAUUACUGCAAAUUAAUAAGAAGAACAAUAAGAAUAGUUCAAUAAGAAUGGCUAUAAUAACACCCUCAACAAACAAAAAAGAUAGUACCUUAGAUAAAAUGUAAUAAAAUUAUCUCUUUUCAGAGGGAAUCACUUGGUAAAAUCUGAUUCAAAAUUGAUAGUUACACUUUAUCAACUAUUCGU